AUGGCCCAAUCUGAUUUCAUCCUCUAUUCAUUGAUUGUUAUACCUCCAAUUCUAGAUCGGGACCCUGGAGGAACGAGUGAACCGACAACAAUCUUAAGAACCUCCGAUUCACUGCCUUUGUUCACACUUAUACUUGAUUGGCAAUGUCCUAUCUGCUCUAGGGAUCAACCCGGUUCGGUUGACGAAGAAGGCUCAGAGUCCGAUGAGGAAGUCUUCGAAUCUGAUGAGCAUAGCCAGAGUCAUUUUCGCGUCAUCAAUUUGACAUUCAAGCAGCUGCGAUAUCUAGAUGAACCGAGGUACUUGAUAUGGCCUGCAGCGAGAGUUUCCGGAGGGUCCAAGGAACUCUCUGCUGAAGACAUCCAGCUACUGGCGGGUAAAUGCGAGUAUGCUGCGCAAUGGCAGGGCACUGGCAGACAGGGUUACUUAAAGGUGGUACCGGGCCCAAUCAAGGACUCGGUUCAGGAUCUUAAAAGAUACGAUAUUCCACUUUUUUUCAUUCGGUCAUCGCAGGAAGUCUGGGAUAAAAUUGAUGCAAAUAUCGUCUUCUUCAAACGUGAAGAGUUACCAGUCAUGUGUAUGCUUUCCGCUCCGCCGAAAGAUGAAUGUUUCACGAUACAGGACGAUUCUGAGGAAAUCAGUAUGGGGACCACAGAGGACUCUUCUGAAGAGGAAGACACUUUGGACGGUCUUCCUACUCCGAAAGUUGACCCUCUGGCGCUCAGUCCUGCUCUAGACAACUCGAUGCAGCUUUUCAUUGCGGGAAGGCCAGAUCCCACUCUCCUCCCUCAUGCAGUGUCCGCCUUCAGAGUAUUGCGAUUCCACAAAGUACAAUAUGUGUACACCUCACUAUUGCGUUCAUAUCUGAGAGAUGAAUGUAUAUGGAACACUGAUAUGUCGGAUACUCUCAAGUACAAAAACUCGUAUCCCAUGUGGGCUGUGCAAUGGUUGGAUCCCGAAGAGGAUAUCGAUUCCCUGGAGGCUCAUCCAAAUAACAAACGAUUAGAGCUCCUGCACAUCAAACAUCUCAAUCCAAAAAGCUUGCUCAAACUUCAUAUUCAAGCGUACGCAUUUCUGCACUACGAUGAACUUGACAUGUCCGAGAACUCCACCGAGAUUCGGCUCAUCGAGGCUGAAAUUCCUGGAGAAUUUGACGAGCCAACAAAUUGGAGGUUUUUCCACGCCGAUUUGGAAUCUGAAGAAUUGCCUCAUUUCAGCUAUAUCGAUGAUUUUACUUCUCAUUUCCUAGACGGAGAACCCAAAUGUGAGAUUGUUCACCUGAAUGGCAGGAAGACACCAAUACCUGUGCCCGUAAUGUCUGCUAUCAGGCGCCUGGCAAAUGAAACAAAUGUACAUGUUUCAAGUGAAGGAGUUGCUAAAUUCUACUUCUUCCUGCACUUCAUCUGCGUCAAUCAAGCAGACAAUGAUGAACUGAGUCGUGCAUUGCCUCUGGAUUCCAGGAUUCGUGAUCGGGCAACAAUUUUUAUGCAUACUCUGACCCCUGGCAACUGCUUCUCGCUUCGGAGGCUCAAUCAUCCCGACAGCUUUUACAGCAUUCUUGAUUGCAGCUCUAUCAAAAAAGAGAGACAUCAGAUACGAUUGCUUCUAUUGGAAAACUGCCAGAGUUUCGACUCUCCGUUGCAGGCGGAGAUUAUCACCACAGCCAUUGAGGGUGCGCCCAAAUUCAUCGCUGUUUCACAUGACUGGGAAACCAGAGGCACACUGGGAGCGAUCAGAGUUGAAGGGCAAAAUUUCACAAUAUCCAACGAGCUAGAGUCCGCUCUGAAGAAAUUACGAUGCAUCUCCAAGAAUAGCUAUGUUUGGGUAGACUGGCUAAGCGUUGACCAGCUAGAUCUCGAAGAACGAGCUUCUCAGACAAGCUUGUUACCUUGGAUUUACGGCGCAGCUGACCAUGUAUUCGUGUGGCUUGGAGAGAUAAAGGGCGACAUUAUUCGCAUACUCAAGGCUCUCAGUCGCAUAUAUAUUUCUUCGGUGGCUACAGAGUUGCCCAGGCAGCAUGUUGAAAUCAUCAAGACUCUACUCGAAAUCGACGGGGUGACAGAGAGCCUGAAAGGCUUUCUCAAACCAAAAUGGUGGAAGAAGGUCUGGAUGAUACCGUCAUUCGUCAUAGCAACAUCCGUGCAGCUCCACUCUGGGACAUCCAUGAUUGAAUGGGAGGUGUUUGACAAAGCGAUCAAAGUGCUUGAUGCGUACAUCUCUCUGGCUCCCGCAGACUACGAGAUUCGAGAAACUACUGCAUCCCAACUCCUUUUGCCUCUCAUUCGGAAUGUGCAAGAUAUUUCUAUGCUGCAGAAGUUUGAAUGUCACGGGUUUGACAAUCAGUCGUCACUUGCAAUAUCUGGGGCGAAGGACUAUUUGCUGUAUUGCCUGAAAUAUCCCUUUCAGUCUCGCGAAUAUGAUGACCCACGUGAUAUCAUUUACUUUGCCAGCAUGCUCGCUCGACGAAACGCACCUAGCCUUCACCUUAGUUAUGAGAAAGAGACAAGAGAGGUCUAUCACGACACUGCUGUCGCAAUCAUUACCUAUUACAGGGACCUAAAAUUGCUGUCCCAUACAUUUUUCUCCCGCAGACGCCAUGAAUCAAGGAAAUUCGACUCGGAUGUCCCAAUUGAGCCCCCGUACUAUUGGCCUAGUUGGGUUCCUGAUUGGCGCCUUGCUCAAUGGGGUCUAGGAGCUUUGACAUAUGAUCUUGGAGAUAUCACGAUAUCUCCAGAACUUGCUUUCAAUGCAUGCGGCGGUCUCACUGGGCAAUUCAAGUUCUCGGAUGCCUUCAAAAUACUUCACGCUGCUGGUGUGCAGGUCGGAAGAAUCAAAGAAGUGUUCCGAGUAAAAAAAGCCCCCGACUCUGAUGACGUGGGUGGCCAACUGCAAAAUGCUGACUGUGACUGGGGUCAAAUACAUCUCAUAUCCCCAGGAGGUAAAGAACAGUACGUUUCGGGGGACUCUUGGGCACAGGCUUGGAUCCGGACAUGUGAGAUCAUGGACCGGGCAACAUACUCCGGGCAAUCUAAAAAAAGAGUACUUUAUCCUCCGUCUGAAACUCCCGAAGAUAAUUUUCGGAUUAUGGACUUCUUGGGUCCUAGGCUUCAGGAGCUUCCCGAAGACGACGCAGGAAUAUACCAUUACGGGUCUCCCGAGCCCUCCAGUUGGGAUGGAAUCAAGGUCAUCCUUAAGCCCCACAGGCUUAACCGCACAGAAGAAGAAGAAGAAGAAGAAGAAGAAGAAGAAGAAGAAGAAGAAGAAGAAGAAGAAGCGAUUGUUGAGGAAAGAUUCCAACUCAUAUCGCUAGAUUCGGGCUAUCUUGGCUUCGGUGGGUACGCUGUCAGAGAAGGGGACUGCGUGUGUAUCCUCAAGGGGGGUAGCCUUCCGUAUAUCCUUAGACAGAGGAGGGAUGGUCUUUACCACUUCAUUUCAGAUUCCUACAUACACGGCAUAAUGGAGGGCGAAUUUGCUUGUAGCAAAGCGGGCGUGGAUGGGGAAUGGCAGGAAUUUGCCAUUGUGUAG